GGUUGUUAGCAUAAUCAGCUAAUUACUGUUAUCAGCUUCCUUCAUUCAAACAGGCAGAUGAAUAAUAAAAUCUAUCAUCAGGAUCACUUCAGCUUUGUAGUACUCUUGAAAAAGGGUAAAAGUACAUUUGACAUAAAAAGGGACUGGAACUGGACCCUGCUGCCGUCUCCUACUGUACUUGUGGUUUUGUGGUUUUCCAUUGAAAUAGAGGGGCUGCGCCCCCACUUUGGGAACCACAGUGUUCCUUUUUGGACAGUUCUCCAUGUAAUCUCCUCUGGUAAUGUUAUAAUGUUGAACUAUUUCAUAUUUUGUUUCAAUACGAUCAACAAUGAAUGACCUAACUGUGGAAAAGGUCAACCCCUUCCUGUUGACUUCCUGAUAGGUCACUUCCUGUUUGGUCACAACAUUUGUUUGACAAACAUGGUGUGCAACUGGGAGUUCAUCUCAUCUCAGUCUUCAGCCGUACUAACAACCACGAUUUUUCACCUGGAUGGAACCAAAGAAAAGGAAUUGUUUGGACUGUACACACAGAUGAAACUGACUGAUCUCAGGGCCAGCCGUGGAGUCAAAGCACAGUCUGAAGAACAAGUCUGAACAUCAAGUUCACACCAAUUCUUCACCGAGGUCCGAACUGGAAGAAUUCAAGGAGGACUACAACGAGACGCCGCUGCUCUGAUGUUCAUCAAAGGAUCUGAAGCUAAGCUACAACCUCAGACUGAAGAGAGGGGAACAGAGGGUGGAACUGAACAAUGUCUCUGUCAGGAGAGAGAGAGAGAGAGAGAGAGAGAGAGAGAAGGCAACAACUGUGAGUGUGUCAACAUGGGGAAAGUUUGACAAUAAUCCAUCCAUACAAGGGGGCGCUGCAGAAGAGAUUGAAAGGGAGGAGAGAGCUACUUCAGCAGGUCUCCAGUUUGAAGGACUGCUCCGUAUAGGCAUUCAAAAUGCCAGUCAUCAAUGUAGAGGAGCUGACAGACAAAGACAAAGCCCUGAUGGAGGUUAACCAACUGAAGAAUGAAGUAAAACUGGAGAGGUGGCUGACAUCCAAAUGCUGCGAAGAAGUAAAGGAGUACAUUCAAGCUCGAGAGGAGGAGGACAUUCUUGUUAAAGGAAUUCCGGAGGAGAAGAAUCCCUUCAAGGAGAAAGGUGGCUGUGUCAUCUGCUAGACUGGACUUGAGGAGCUUUUCAUUGCUCAGAUUAGCACUCGAGGACAAUCUCUGUAGACCUGUGACACUAGGAUGACAACGAUAAGAAAAGUAUUUCUCCCAGGAUUUAAAAGUGAAUAAAUGUCUGUGUUUUAUGACCAGACUUGUAUGUAUGGAGUUGUUUACUUCUUUAAUAAGAUGCAAUGUAAAAGAAGGGUAAUAUAUUACACACGUCAUACUGUUUACAUAGCCAAUGGAAAUAGACCCAUGUGUGAUGGAACUGUCAUUAAACACGGUUAUUUAUAACUCAGUCUGUCUCCAUUAUUCACUGCACAAAGGGUUUUUAUGGUAAGAGCGAGAAACACAUUUGCAUAACUCAGUUUGCAUGUAUUAAGAGAAGGCCCAACUGUUUCUAAUGACACUGUCAGAGCAUUAGCAUCAUAGCGCCAGCGCCUUGUGUAGCUGUUGAUGAUGUCAUAUUUUCAUUAUCCACUCGUCCCAUCGCUAAGACAUUGCUCUGUCUAUGUACAUAUAAAAUAAAAUUAGCAUAUUCUAAAUGUGACUAAAUAU